CAUUUGUCAUAAUUGAAAUUAAGUCAUUCAAGAUUUCCAACCAUUCCGGUUUUAUAUCCGAAGUCUUUUUUAUUUGUUAGUGUAUUGAAAUAUCGCAAAAGUAAGAUACACUCAGUCCUAAAUGUCGAAAAGUGAAGGCCAAUCGGGGGAAGCACCCCAAUUUAUAGCUCCUGUAAUACAGGAUAACCCCACGGGAUGGGGCCCAUGUGAAAUGCCUGAUCAGUUCAGAGAUAUGCCAUAUCAACCAUUCAGCAAAGGGGAUCGUCUGGGCAAAAUAAGUGACUGGACUGGAGCCAACUUUCAGGAUAAAAAAUAUGCAAUUAAAUACGCUUCCCAGUUUGGUUCUGGUAGUCAGUACGCUUACUAUCAUGAGGAAGAUGAAAGUACAUUCCAUCUUGUGGACACAACUCGCGUACAGAAACCUCCAUACCAGAGAGGAAGAUUCCGUCCUAAUCAACGCAAUAUGCGAGGAAGAGGUGGAAGGGGCGCUGCUCAAACUGGAGUCAUGCAAUCUCUUGGCAAGAACGUUAAGGCUAGAGACACCUACAAGAGGAAUCAGUUGAAGAAGUGGGGUCAAGGAAGGCCUCAAAUUAAAAUAAGGGAUGCGUCAGUCACUGUGAAGCCAGAUUGGGUCACAAUUGAAGAAAUGGACUUUCCUAGAUUGGGAAAAUUGUCUCUACCUGGUAUUAAAGAUGGUGAAGAUAUUAUGCUUUGUGGUGAACUUGAAUAUUACGACAAAGCAUACGACCGUGUUAAUGUUAAAAAUGAGAAACCUCUUCAAAGUGUUAACAGAAUCUUCCACACAGUGACCACAACUGAUGAUCCUAUCAUCCGUAAACUAUCCAAAACUGAGGGUAACGUUUAUGCUACCGAUACAAUCUUAGCAACUAUUAUGUGCUGCACUAGGUCUAAUUAUUCCUGGGAUAUUGUUAUUGAGAAGAUCGGAGAUAAGUUGUUCUUCGACAAGAGGGACAAUACGGAAUUCGACUUAUUGACUGUUAAUGAAACCUCAGUUGAACCCCCCCAAGAUGACAGUAGUGUAUUGAACUCUCCAAGAGAUUUGGCGUUGGAAGCCACCUUUAUAAAUCAUAAUUUCAGCCAACAGGUUUUGAGGACUGGACCAGGCGAGCCCAAGUAUAAGUUUGAAAACCCAAAUCCUUUCAUUUCUGAUGAGGAAGAAGGUGAAAUCGCUAGCGUUGGUUACAGAUACAGAAAAUGGGACCUUGGUAGUGGAAUUGUUCUAGUUGCCAGAUGUGAGCACGACGCCAUGGUCCAAACACCAAACGGAGAACUCCAAUUUUUGACCAUAAAAGCUCUGAACGAAUGGGACUCGAAACUAGCCAACGGUGUUGAAUGGAGACAGAAGUUGGACACUCAGAGGGGAGCCGUAUUGGCCAACGAACUGAGGAACAACGCUUGCAAACUGGCAAAAUGGACUGUGCAAGCCCUCCUCGCCGGCAGCGACCAGAUCAAAUUCGGUUAUGUUUCCAGGGCUCACGUUAGGAAUAGCAGCAAGCACGUGAUCUUGGGUACCCAGCAGUACAAGCCCCACGAGUUCGCCACCCAGAUCAAUUUGAACAUGGAUAACGCCUGGGGUAUUUUGAGGUGUAUCGUGGACAUCGUUAUGAAACAGAAAGACGGGAAAUAUCUCAUCAUGAAGGAUCCCAACAAGCCUAUGAUCCGUUUGUAUGAUAUUCCCGACAACACCUUCGAGUCUGAUGGUGAAUCUGAGAGCGACGAUGAAGUUCCCCAGGACUCUGCUGCUUUCCAGGGUCUCUACCCUUAUAAUAAGAAUUAAAUUAACCGUUUUGUUUAUACGAAUAAAACUUAUGGUGUAUGUGGAAAUAUUUUAAUAAUAUAACAUUCGUCGAACUAAA